AUGCCUUACAAUAAUGCCCCGAUUGAACCCCCAGAAGACAUAACGGGCUCAACCGCUCUUCCCCUGGCACGGGUCAAGAAGGUCAUUGCUCAGGAUGAGGACAUUACACAGUGCUCCAAUCCAGCGGCUUUUGCGAUAUCAGUGGCAACAGAAAUAUUUAUCCGCUAUCUAACGGAACAAGCACACAAUGUGGUCAAAUCAGAACGGAAACCCAGGAGGAACAUUGCCUACAAAGACAUAGCCACGGCUGUGUCUAGGGUAGAUAACCUAGAAUUCCUAUCUGACACGGUCCCCAAGACCAAGACGUACCGUCAAUUCAAGGAGGAAAAGGCGCGUGAGGCCGCUGCUAAGGCCGCAGAGACGGGGCCGGUGAAUGGGGUCAAUGCCGUCGGCGGCGAAAGCAGCACCCUCUUGAUCCAGACUAUGAUGAAGAACGGAUAUCAUCAGCAGCAGCAAAACGGCAUUGUUAACGGGGUGGUGAACGGCAGCACACCAGUGAACGGGGUUGACGUGCACCAUCCUUCGUCCAGCGGCCACCACUCACGCAACCACAGCCACCCCGACCCAAUUAGGGAUAUUGAGAUGAGUGGAUGA